UCUCCUCUGCUGGAUCUUAUUGAUCCAGAAGGCGGCUAAUUAGCCCUUCCCUCCGUGCCUGUGUAAUGAAGCACAUGCGCACUGAAUUAAUCACAGCCAUUUUUUUGCAGGAAACUAAUUAGCAGGAAUAAAGAUCCAAAGAGUUUUUUUCUUUUCAAUCAUCAGAUCUCACUUUCACCUCUUCCUCGCUCCCUCUAACACAAGACUCAUCGCCUGCUUUGCAUCCGAAUUAUUUUGUAUAUUGCCUUUACAACUAAUAGCCGACUGCUCCGUUUUUACACUCGGCGACAACAAUGAUCUUUCUUUUGCCAUCCUAAGCGCAAACUGACCAAAAAGGGGGACUGUCUCCAUGGGAUCUUUAGCUAAAUCGACUCAAUACUGGAUUAAAAAGCGAAGAUCACCAAACGGCAGCGAGAAAUUGCCCAGAUGCGAUGAACGCCUCAUGUAGGCAUCAGCAUGGACAGCUGUGAGUCUCCCGUGGUUUCUGGGAUAGACGAUGGGCUCGGCUCCUCCAGCUCAUCCCAGCAGCACCGAUCGCCACAACCCUGGAACGACCUCUCUAACUCACAGGUCCCUUCCAACAACCGCCCCCCCUCCCUGGACCCCCUGUCUCAAUCUGCUCCUUACCCGUCUCAAAUCCAAAACCUAAACACUCCCCAUGAGGGGCUGAGAGAGCCGCAGCCUCAGCAGCAGCAGCCUAACCUGACAUCACCACGGGCCCAGGUUGACAACUCUGACACAGGACAGCUUCACUUCCAGAGAGAGGGCUUUGAGGGGGAGGAGGAGGAGGAGGAGGAGGAGGAGGAGGAGGAGCAAGAAGGUCUUAGCGGUGCAGAGGAGGAAGAAUCUGAGGAUUUGGACGAAAUGGAAAUUGACAGCUGCUUUCCAAGUCUUCAGCCUUUCCCUGGAAUGCCGAUGGCUCCAGGGGGUGGAGGGAUGCCCACUCUUCUGCGACAGCAGCCCCCACAACCAAGGGGUACAGCUGAGAGUGGGAGUGAAGAAGGGGAGGAGGAAGAGGAAGAGGAGAACAGUGAUGUGGAGAACCUAGCUGGAGAGAUAGUGUACCAGCCAGACGGCUCAGCCUACAUAGUUGAGAGUCUCAGUCAGUUGAUCCAAAGCGGUGCCAGUACGGUGCCCGGCUUGAUUCCCUCAAACUCUCUCACCAGUGGGGGAAAACCAGGAGAGCCUGCUGGGUCUUCAUCAUCGGUCUACCCUCAGAUCAUUAACACCUUCCACAUAGCCUCGUCCUUCGGGAAGUGGUUUGGAAAUUCAGACCAAGGUUUACCCAAUACCUCAACCCUGGCAGGCCUGAGUCCUGUCCUGCACAGUUUCCGUGUUUUUGACGUGCGGCACAAAAGCAACAAGGAUUACCUGAACAGUGACGGGUCUGCCAAGAAGUCCUGCGUAUCCAAAGAUGUUCCCAACAACGUGGAUUUCUCCAAAUUUGAUGGGCUAGCCCUCUAUGGCAAAGGAAAGCCCAUUCUCAUGUGUUUUAUCUGCAAGCUGUCCUUUGGCUAUGCGCGUUCCUUUGCCACUCACGCUGUCCAUGAUCACCGUAUGACACUGUGUGAGGAUGAGCGCCGGCUACUGGGGGACAAGCAAGCAUCUGCCAUUAUCCAGGGCAUUGGGAAGGAUAAAGAACCCCUUAUCAGUUUCCUGGAACCAAAAAAUAAGACUUCUCCUCCACCGCCCGGCCUGCUUCCUAUCAACUCUGGCCAGAGUUUCUAUGGAACCUUCAGUGGUGUCCAUCUAGAGUCUGGAUGCAGCAGUGGUGGAGUAGACGCCCUGUUGGAUGAGGAUCCUGACUCUGGCCUCGAGCCACAGCAGCAACAAAUCCAACAGAGCUCAGUCCUUUCCCUUGGAGGACUGGGUAAUCCCAAAGCACCCACUCUUACCUCUACCCCAGGCUCUGCCAAAGACUCCAGCGCCCUGCCCAAACAGGGAGGGAGAACAGAGGGGCCUGGUGGUAAAGAGGGGACAUUUAAGGGUGGGGAACGGGAUGUAGAUGGAUGUGAGAGCAAAUUUUGCCUUUCAGGCCAGGUGGGUGGUUCAGAAGAGGAAGGGGAACUGUUGGGUGAGGUUGACGAUGAGGUGGAAGAGGAUGGCACUGGGGUAGCCUGUGGUGGCAACAGUAGCAGCGAUAGAGGUGACAUGGGGGAACCGGCUGACUCAAACCAAAGCAUUUCCAAAUCUCCUUUAUUAAUGCCUAGUAGCGCUCUCCAGCCUUCUGUCUGCACCACUGCAGUCAGUCCCAUGCUGAACAACAAAGCUCCGGCUUCCACAGCUUCCUCCCUUAAGGAAGACCUUUUAGCUGCAGAUGGUGGGGGAAGGACCUCGGAGCUCCCUCUGAGCUUUAACUGCCAGGGGCCCACUGUCCCCAUGGCAAUGGCGGCAGCUGCCGUCAGAGGGAGUGAGGACAAUGCAGCCGGCACCUCCUCCUCACCUCUGGCCUCCAGCGUUGCCGCUGACGAAAGUGCCAAUCGAGAUAGUGCCACAGCGCCAGAACCAAAUGAUUGCCCAGCAGAGGGGGAAGAGGAGAAUGGAGCCCUCCUGCACCAUCAUCACAUGCACCACCAUCUCCACCACCUCCACCCCUCGUCCCAUGCUCUCAACCUCCAAGGGGGGCCCUGUGACAUGACGGGGAUGGGUGAGUGUUCCCAAAACCAUGGGCCUGGAGGCGCCGGAGGAAGUGGGGUUGAAUGCCCAAAAUGUGAUACCGUUUUAGGCUCCUCGCGUUCCUUGGGCGGUCACAUGACCAUGAUGCACUCCCGCAACUCCUGCAAGACACUCAAGUGUCCUAAGUGCAACUGGCAUUACAAGUACCAGCAGACCCUGGAGGCUCACAUGAAGGAGAAGCACCCAGACUCGGGGGGCUCCUGCAUGUACUGCACCAGUGGUCAGAGUCACCCACGUCUGGCCCGCGGAGAGAGUUACACUUGUGGCUACAAGCCCUUCCGUUGUGAGGUGUGCAACUAUUCGACCACCACCAAGGGCAACCUGAGCAUCCACAUGCAGUCAGACAAGCACUUGAACAACAUGCAGACGCUGCAGAACGGUGGCACUAUUUGCUCUUCUCAGGAGCAGGUGUUUGGGCAUACCCCAGGCGGGGUAGUGGCGGUUCCGUCGGUGACCCAGGCCAGCAGCCAUCACCCCGUCCAUCAUCAUCACCCGACGCAGUCCUCGGCCCACAUGCCCGGGCCGUGUGGAGCCCCCUCGCCCACAAAGCCCAAAAGCAAGCCGACGUGGCGCUGCGAGGUGUGUGACUAUGAGACCAACGUGGCGCGGAACCUCCGGAUCCACAUGACCAGUGAGAAGCACAUGCACAACAUGAUGCUGCUCCAGCAGAACGUGACCCAGAUGCAACACGGCCGACUGGGCCUGGGAGCUAUGCCCUCGCCCUCUGAGGCCGAGCUAUACCAGUACUACCUGACCCAGAACAUGAGCCUGCCCCCGGGCCUGAAGAUAGACCCGGCCGGAGCUGAAGCCCAGUUCCUGAUGGGGGGCUUCCACUUGGAUCCCAACAUGGCUGCUUUGGCCCCUGCAUUGGUGGGCGGAGACAUCCCCAUGGACGUCCGGCUGGGCGGCGGUCCGCUGGUGUCCGAGGAGCUGAUGUCUCUCGGGGAGAACCUCUCUGCCACGGGGGACCCCUCUCUCAAGCUGUUCCAGUGCGCCGUGUGCAACCGCUUCACCACGGACAACCUGGAUGUACUGGGCAUGCACAUGGGAGCCGAGCGCAGCCUGCCGGAGGAGGAGUGGCGCGCGGUGGUGGGGGACUCGCACCAGUGCAAGCUGUGCCGCUACACCACCCAGCUGAAGGCCAACUUCCAACUGCACUGCAAGACGGACAAGCACAUCCAGAAGUACCAGCUGGUGGCCCACAUCAAGGAAGGGGGCAAGGGCAACGAGUGGCGCCUCAAGUGCGUUGCCAUCGGCAACCCGGUGCACCUCAAGUGCAACGCGUGCGACUACUACACCAACAGCCUCGACAAGCUGAGGAUGCAUACCGUCAACUCACGCCACGAGGCUAGCCUCAAAGUGUACAAGCACCUGCAGCAGCAUGAACACGCGGUGGAGGGCGAGGCCUGCUACUACCACUGCGUGCUGUGCGGCUACUCCACCAAGGCCAAGCUCAACCUCAUCCAGCAUGUGCGCUCCAUGAAGCACCAGCGCAGCGAGAGCCUGCGGAAGCUCCAGCGCCUACAGAAGGGCCUGCCAGAGGAGGAGGAGGACCUGGGCACCAUCUUCACCAUACGCAAAUGCCCCUCGUCCGACACAGGAGAGCUGAGCGAGGAUGUGGAGGCUGCUAGUGAGACUACCACAGACCAGGAGGACCAAACCAAAGACAGAGAGAGUGGGGGGGAUAAGGACCUCACCAAAGGGACAGCAUUGUCCAUCCAGUUGGAAAGGGAGCAGACGGAUUCUCCCAUCCCUACCAAGAGGCCAUCCUCGCGGUCGGAGCCUGUCGAGAGCCCCCUCUCCUCCAAGCGUCCCAGGACCACUGAGAAGAGCAGUGCGGAGCAGAUGUACCAGUGCCCUUACUGCAAAUUCACCAACACUGACCUGAACCGUCUCAGAAUGCACGUGAUGACCCAACACUCUGUCCAGCCCAUGUACCGCUGUCCGCUGUGCCAGGACAUGCUCAACAACAAGGUCCACCUGCAGUUCCACCUCACACACCUGCACAGCGUGGCGCCUGACUGUGUGGACAAGCUCAUUGCAACGGUCACAGCAAGCGAAGUGUUGCCAGCAAGCAUGUUCAUACCUGUACCGGGACCAGACAGGGAGGCCCAAAGUGCCUCGCAGUCGACAUCCAACGCUGAGGACUUCAAGAAACAAAUGGAUGCAUCAGAUGCGGAGCCAGAAAAGGGGGUCUUGCCAACUGAAAUUGGUGAAUCUCACAAGUUACCUUUAGAUGAGCAACAGACAGGGAGGGACGAUGCCACUGGAUUCUUAUGCUGGAAGAAAGGCUGUAACCAAGUCUUCAAGUCUUCCAACUCCCUACAGCAGCACUUCAACGAGGUCCACAAUAAGAGGCCCCAACUGCCCGUUUCCGAUCGCCAUGUCUACAAGUACCGCUGUAACCAAUGUAGCCUGGCGUUCAAGACGGUGGAAAAGCUGCAGCUCCAUUCUCAAUACCAUGUGAUCAGGGCAGCCACGAUGUGCUGCCUCUGCCAACGCAGCUUCAGAACCCUGCAGGCCUUGAAGAAACAUUUGGAAACCAGUCAUCUAGAGCUGAGUGAAUCUGACAUACAGCAGCUCUAUGGCGGCUUAUUAAUGAAUGGAGAUCUCAUGGUCAUGGGUGACCCAUCCCUUGGAGAAGAGCAUGGAAUCCUCGGGGACGAUGACAAAGAUGGAGAGGAAAGUGACCUGGAAGAAAAACAAAGCCCAACCGGUAGUGACUCGGGCUCGUUGAUGGAAGAUUGUGGAUCUGAACCUAAGCGAGCCUUGCCAUUCAGGAAGGGCCCCAACUUUACGAUGGAGAAGUUUCUGGAUCCAUCUCGCCCCUUUAAGUGUACUGUAUGCAAAGAGUCAUUCACACAAAAGAAUAUACUACUAGUUCACUAUAACUCGGUCUCCCACCUGCAUAAAGUGAAGAGGGCCCUUCAGGAGUCCACCACCGGUCAACCUGAGCCCACCAGUAGUCCUGACAACAAGCCAUUCAAAUGCAGCACCUGUAAUGUGGCCUAUAGCCAGAGUUCCACUCUUGAGAUACACAUGCGCUCUGUCCUGCACCAGACCAAAGCCCGGGCGGCAAAGCUUGAAGCAGCUGGAGGCAGCACUAACUCUGCAACAGGCGCUGGAUCAAGUGCAAGUGGAUCUAGUAUCAACACUUCCACGCCUAGCCCCAGUCCAGCCACCAACACAACGACAAGCUCUAGCAACCACAGCUCUUCGGGAUCGCAUAAUUCCCUGAAUCUUCACGGCGGGAACCACAUGAGCCACUCCCACAAAAUGGAAAGCCUAGGUAAUUCUUCAAUGAGCCGUUCGUCGCCGUCUGAGAAUCAAGAGGUAAAGAAGAAGAAAUUUGCAGACAUGCUGUCCGCUAGGGGUCAACAGCAGCAGCUUCAGCAGCAGCAGCAGCAGUUGGUGCAGGCUCAAGCCCAAGCUCAGGCCCAGCUCCAACAAGAGCUCCAGCAGCAAGCUGCUCUCAUCCAAUCACAGCUCUUUAAUCCUGCACUUCUGCAACACUUCCCCAUGACAACUGAUGCUCUCCUCCCUCUGCAACAACAACAGUUGCUCUUCCCUUUCUAUAUCCCUGGAGCAGAGUUCCAGCUUAAUCCUGAGAUCAACCUCAGUAGCUCGGCACUUGGUCUGGCUGGCUCGUCCACUUCCUCCCUGCUGGAGGACCUAAAGAACUCAGCCCAACAGGCUCAGCAAAGUUGUCUCCAGCAGCAGCUAAUGCAUCAUCAUCUUCAGCAGCAGCAGCAACAACAACAACAACAACAACAGCAACAGCAGGCGCACCAACAGGUUCAAGGACAGAUGGCUCUGCUACAACAAAAUGCUGCUCUUCUUCAACAGGUUGAGAAAAAACAGAAGCAUUCUUCUAACCAUGAGAAAGAAAGAGAAAUGCACCGAGAUAGAGACACUAGUGAAAAAAAUGAGGAGCACGUCAAAAGGGACUCUACGGACAACAAGGCAAGAGAGAAGAAGGAUGCAGCACAGUCUUCAGUAAAUACAAACCAUGACCCUGGGUUCCCUCCUCCAAGGAUUGCUUCAGAUGCUCGUGGAAAUGCAACUAAAGCCCUACUGGAGAACUUUGGGUUUGAAUUAGUGAUUCAAUACAAUGAAAACAAACAGAAAGCUCAAAGAAAGCUACCUGCACCUGGAGCUGCCGCUUCCAAUGGUCCAAGUGGGAUAACAAGCGUGGACCCCAGUGAAGGAUUAGAGAAACUAGAAUGUGAGGCCUGUGGCAAAUUGUUCUCAAACAUUCUGAUUCUGAAGAGUCACCAGGAACACAUCCACCAGGCCUUCUUUCCAUUUCGAUCCCUCGAGAGAUUUGCUAAGGAAUACAGAGAGCAGUAUGAUAAGCUCUAUCCACUGAGACCCCCGACACCAGAAACGACACCUGCUCCUCCACCACCCCCGCCCCCACCUCCCCCUCCUCCACCACCUCCACAGCGGGCACCAACACCAAAUAUCCCUGUCUCUGCUGCCUCCCACACACCUCCAACCAUACCACCCCCACAGCCUCAAGUUUCCAUGGCACAGAUGCAGAUGCAAAUGGAGCUUCCCCUCUUUUCACCGCUAAUGAUGCAGUCCAUGUCUCUUCAAUCUUUGCCUCAGAUGUCAGCUGUUGAGCAAAGCCUGGCCUCAGAACUUGCCCAGCUUUAUCAACAACAGCUCACGCCAGCAAUGCUACAGCAACAGCAGAACAAGAGGCCUCGGACACGUAUCACAGAUGACCAGCUUAGGGUCCUGCGACAGUAUUUCGAUAUCAACAACUCCCCAAAUGAAGACCAGAUUAAAGAAAUGGCGGACAAAUCAGGACUUCCUCAAAAAGUUAUCAAGCACUGGUUUAGAAACACAUUGUUUAAGGAGCGCCAGCGGAACAAAGACUCACCCUAUAAUUUCAACAAUCCACCAAUAACAACUCUAGAGGAGACCAAAAUUGACUCAAAACCCCCAUCCCCUGAGCCUCAGAAACAUGAAUGCUAUGGAAGUAAGAGGUCUUCUAGAACUAGAUUUACUGACUACCAACUGAGAGUGCUUCAGGAUUUCUUUGAUGCCAAUGCCUAUCCAAAAGAUGAUGAGUUUGAACAGCUCUCCAACCUACUCAGCCUUCCAACUCGUGUGAUCGUAGUUUGGUUCCAAAAUGCUCGUCAGAAGGCGAGAAAGAAUUACGAGAACCAAGGUGAUGGUGCAAAAGAUGGAGAGAGGCGCGAGUUAUCCAAUGAUCGGUAUAUUCGCACUACCAACUUGAAUUACCAGUGCAAGAAGUGCAGCCUAGUAUUUCAGCGUAUAUUUGACCUAAUAAAACAUCAAAAGAAGCUGUGCUACAAAGAUGAAGAUGAGGACGGGCAAUAUGACAGCCAAAACGAGGAUUCAAUGGAUCUUUCACAUGAAUACUAUACCCCCUCUGGCUCAUCUUGCCAUACUCCAAUGCCCUCCUCCUCAAGCCUUUGCCCCCUGCCACCCUCAACUUCGGCAUUCUCCAACCUACCUUCUGCAGAGAAGGAGGAGGCAUCCCCUGCCAACACGUCCAACCUGUAUGAUGAAAAGCCAAAACAGUUACCUGAAAUGUCUGUAGAUCUAAGGGAAAACCAAACUACUAUCAAGCAAGAAAUUAUCCAUCCACCCCAAUCUGAGCCACAGCAUCACAGGUCUCAGCGGGAGGAGAAGAGUCAAACAACAGCUAAAGCCACCAAACAUUCGUCUUCUUCCUUCUCACACCAACAGCACCAGAGUAGCUCCUCGGCUUCUCUGACAAGUCAGGCACCCUCUCAAAGCUCUCACAUGAGCCUUAACCAACACCUCUCAUCUGCCUCCCAGCAACUGGCACAGCAGAUGAUCCCUUACCAGUGUGAGCAGUGCAAGAUUGGCUUUCCCUCAUUUGAGCACUGGCAAGAACACCAGCAAUUACAUUUCCUCUCCGUUCAAAACCAAUUCAUUCACCCUCAAUUCCUGGACCGUCCAAUGGACAUGCCUUUCAUGCUAUUUGAUCCCAGCAAUCCUCUCUUGGCGAGUCAGCUACUAUCCGGUGCAAUGUCACAGAUUCCAAGCAGCUCUGCAACCUCUCCAUCUACUCCCACCUCUACCAUGAACUCUCUGAAAAGGAAGUUAGAGGAGAAAGCAGGCACUAGCCCAGGGGAGAAUGACAGCAACAACAGUGGUGAGGAGCCACACAGAGAUAAACGCCUUCGGACUACAAUUACUCCUGAGCAGCUUGAGGUUCUUUAUCAAAAGUACCUUUUGGAUUCAAAUCCAACACGCAAAAUGCUGGACCACAUAGCUCAUGAAGUUGGACUCAAGAAGAGGGUUGUACAAGUCUGGUUCCAAAACACCAGAGCCAGGGAACGCAAAGGACAGUUUCGAGCAGUAGGACCAGCUCAGGCCCAUCGUAGGUGCCCUUUUUGCCGAGCUCUAUUCAAAGCAAAGACUGCCCUUGAAGCACACAUUCGCUCCCGUCACUGGCAUGAGGCAAAGCGUGCCGGCUACAAUCUAGCUCUGACUGGCAUGCUCCCUGAACAAGAUAUGUUGCAAUUGAAGAUGGAUCCACUAGAUAUCUCAAGCUACUCUCAACUUGCAGUAGCUAACAAUGAUGGACAAAGUUCUUCACUGUCACCAGUGAGUAAAUCCAUGGAUUUGUCUCCAAGGGGCCUGUUGAGCCCUUCAUCCAUCAAAGUUGAGGGAAUGGAGGAUUUUGAAAGCCCAACCAUGUCCUCUGUAAACCUGAACUUUGACCCGAGUAAACUUGACAACGAUGACUGUUCUUCAGUCAACACAGCCAUCACAGACACAACCACUGGUGAUGAAGCUAAUGCUGACAAUGACAGUGCAGACACAAAACAUGGCCAAAAUAGUGGCGAAUAUAUGUCUAAGACCGGGGGUCCAGCCCCCUUCAUUGAAAAUGAUGACCAGAUGUCCUCUGGCCUGGUAAGUCCAGCCACAAGCUAUUAUGCUAAGGACUAUGAAAAUGAGAAUAUCAUUGAUUACAGCGAGACCUCAAGUAUGGCCGAUCCCUGCUCCCCUAGCCCAGGAGCUUCAGGCAACAGGAGUAUUGACAGUGGAGACCGCCCUGGGCAAAAACGCUUCCGAACUCAGAUGACAAACCUACAGCUGAAACUGCUCAAGUCCUGCUUUAAUGACUAUAGGACUCCUACCAUGCUUGAAUGUGAGGUACUUGGUAAUGACAUUGGCCUACCAAAGAGGGUGGUGCAGGUGUGGUUUCAAAAUGCCAGAGCAAAAGAGAAGAAGGCAAAGCUCAGCAUGGCCAAGCAUUUUGGAAUAAAUCACACAUCCUAUGAGGGCCCUAAGACUGAAUGCCCGUUAUGUGGAAUCAAGUACAGUGCUCGCCUCUCUGUCCGUGACCACAUAUUCUCUGCGCAACACAUCUCUAAAGUUAAGGAUACCAUUGGACAUCAGCUAGAGAAGGAGAAAGAAUACUUUGACCCUGCCACAGUCCGUCAACUAAUGGCUCAACAAGAAAUGGACCGCAUUAAGAAAGCAAAUGAAGUAUUGGGACUUGCACAGCAGCAGGCAAUGACGCAGCAAGGGAUGUUUGAUAACCCAGCAAUGCAGGCUCUGAACCUGCAGUCUGCUUAUCCAAAUUUGCCAGGGAUGCCACCUGUUCUCUUGCCAGGGGUUGGUAGCCCUUCUCUUCCCAGCUUUAACUCUUCAAAUUCAGCUUUAACUCCUCCGAAACCUACAAACAUCCUGAACAUGCCUGGUGCCAGUGUUCCCUCACCUAGUUUACCCACAUCUGGAUUACCUAGCAAGCCUUCCUCUUCAUCCUCCUUGGCUUCAUCCAGUCCAGCGCAGACCAGCACAUCCGUCUCCCACUCAAGCCUCACUUCAACCUCCACAUCUACAUCCACUUCUUCAGCUGUCCCGACAGGCCCCCGACCUGAUCCUCCCAAAGAGCGUGACCCUGAGAGAUCAAGAGAGAAGGAGAAGCCCAAGGAAAAGGCGGAGAAGUCGGCAACACCCUCUUCAACCGGAAGCACCCCAGCUCCUUCCACUUCAGCUGCGAGUGCCAGGAAAGAGAAACCAGACACGGCUGUGCCUGCUACGUCUAUGCCUACACCUGGUAUGGAAUAUGUGGUAGAUCCAGCCCAGCUUCAGGCACUGCAGGCUGCAUUGGCAUCCGACCCCACAGCCCUCCUCACAAGUCAGUUCCUGCCCUACUUCAUGCCUGGCUUUUCCCCCUAUUAUGCCCCUCAAAUGUCUGGAGCUCUUCAAGGAGGCUACCUGCAGCCAAUGUAUGGUAUGGAAAGCCUAUUUCCAUACAACCCUACAUUGUCACAAGCAUUGAUGGGCCUUUCACCAGGGUCACUGCUGCAGCAUUACCAGCAAUAUCAGCAGAGCUUACAGGACGCACUACAGCAGCAGCAGAGGCAGCUUCAGCAGAUCCAGCAACCCAAAGCGAGCCAAACCCCCGCCCCCUCUCAACCCUCGGGGGAUCGCAAAGAAUCUUCCAAAGAUUCAAGCAAGACAGUGGAGCAUAAAGGCAAAUCCCAUAGCGAAAACUCCUUCAACAAUAAAGGUCCCUCAGACAAGAAAGGGAUGGAUGGCAAAGUUGUGGACUCCCUCGUAGACCAGUACAUAGUCCCCAAGGUACAGUUCAAGCUGGCCUGCCGCAAGUGUCAAGCAGUUUUCACCAAGGAAGAAGCAGCCCUUACCCACCUUAAGUCUAUCUGUUUUUUCGGUCAGUCUGUGGCAAACCUUCAAGAGAUGUUGCUGCGUGUCCCUAGUGGCGCAGAGUCUGGGAGUCUCUAUGACUGCCUCGCUUGUGAUACCACAUUGGAUGGGGAGAAAGCACUCAGUCAACACCUGGAGUCGGCAUUGCACAAACACAGAACAAUCAAGCGGUCAGCCAGAAAUGCCAAAGAGCACGCUACUAGUUUAUUACCUCACUCUUCAGCCUGCUUCCCCAGUCCUAACACCGCAUCUACCUCGCAGUCUGCCACUCAUCCCAUCAGCAGCCCCUCUACCCCGCCAACAUCAACAUCCACCAUGCCAUCCUCUGCCGUUCCUUCUUCCCUGUGUUCAUCUUCUACGACACCGCUCGUCACCACAGCUGCCGGUAAACCCUGGUCCCAGGCCCCUUUCUCUAGAGCUUUAGCUGGAAAGCCCAAUGCCACUCCCUCCUCUUCUUCCGCCUCUUUUCCUUCAGUGUCCUCCCCUUCAACGGUUACCUCAAGUUCAUUGAGCACCUCAGGAGUUCAGACCUCGAUACCAACAGACGUCUUUACAGACGAGUCUGACUCUGACAGCAGUCAGAAGUCAGCAGACAGGCUGGGUAGGACAACGGAGGAGCCACAACAGCCUGGCUGUGUCAAAGACAGUAGUAGUUGUAGUAGUAAUCUUGCUAGUGUAGGAACAGACUCCAUCAGAUUGUAAAAGAGCUUUCAGUGAUGGACAAUAUUUAAAAAAUACAAAAGACAAAAAAAAACACAAACGGAAAAAAACAAAAAAAAAAAGCAGCAAUGUUAAAAUACAUUUAAAAGUAUACAAACCAAUUUCAGAAAAAAGAUGUGUAAAGACUAACUGCAAUUCCAAAGCUUGUAACCAAAAAUUUUAAUGUUAGUGGAUUGUUUUCCCAUAUCAACAUGCUGGUUUCAUUUUUUUUUUCUGUCAACUGAAAUACAUGAUAAUAAUAUACAAGGAUAGAAAACAAAAGUCACUGCAAUUAGGUUUUGGGUAAUGAUGGAGUGAAAGCUGUACUGUAUGGCAAUGGACUGCCUUUGAAGUUGAUAUAUGGCCCAUAAUCCCUUUUGACACAAUAUAAGACAAUAAGCUAUCCCUUUUUUUGUGUUAUUAAUAUAAAUAUAAUUAUUUUUAUUGAAUAGCACACACACAAAAAAGCCAGUAUGUACUGUAUGGGAGAAUAGUCUAUCCGUUUUUCAUGCUAUUUAAGCAUUCAGAUACCAAUGGCUUGCAAAGGUAAUAGAAUAAUGUAAUGUCUAUUUUAUUCUCAGGUCAACAGCUCACAGAUGUUUUUUUUUGUUGCAGAAAUUCAUGUUUUACACCUUCUGACUGAAGAUGACCAGUUUUUGUUUAGAAAAAUUCGAUUUAACAACAGAAAGUUUUCAAAUUAAUUAUCUUAAAAUUACAAGUUUUUGGGCAUUCAAAAAGGAUAGUUAAUUGUCUGAUUGGACAUUUGUGCUUUAAAAGGUUGGGAAAUUAUCAAUUUCAUUAUCCAGACAUAGGGAGCAUUGCAGACACGAUGGGCGAUAAAAAGAUUUUUGAUGAUAAAAAAAACUUUCUGUAUUUAUUAUAGAUAUGAACAUUUUUGGUGUUAAGUAGAUUGUUGCAUUGGAACUGAAUUUAACAGUAUGGUAGAAUGAAAAAAAACUGUGUACAUUUAGCUUUUGUAUUGUCCAACUUUAAGACGCUUCAUUUGAUGUUGUCUUGGUCAUUCCAAUAGACUAGAUUAUGGACAGGUAAUUUAUCUAAACUUUAUUUCUGUCUUAGUCUCAGCUUCAGGGCAAAUGUUCACCCAAAUGCCCAUCGUUGGCAAGGCAGGAUCCUUUGUUUUAAAAUCAUUUCAGUUCUAAGGAUCAGUUGGUAUGACACUUACUAAUAAGAAAAAGGUCCUGGAUGAGGUGUUCAUUUUUUUUUAUGAUCUUUGUGCACUUAUCCCUGUCUUCACUCCUAUUUCUCACUCGAAAUUGUUACUCUUUUUCCGCACUUAUUUUUGCUCCAACUGUUCUGUAGAUAUUAAGAAAGCUACUGCUCCUUAUACACUACAAAACAGGUUCACGUAGUGUGGCUACAGUCUUUCCCAACUUUAAUUUCACUUAAACUUUUAUUUUAUUGUCAUGAAUGAAAAUGAAAAAAGAAACCAAUAAUAAUUCUCACGCUUUAAACAAAAAGAAAAUCCAAAGACUAAACACUUUCACCAUUGGUGCAUAAAGAUGAGAAAGAGGCUUCUUUAUACUUGAGAAUUUGUUGCUGUUUUUAGGAAAGGAAACAAAGUUUAAAAAGAUAAAGAGGUACGCAUCAGAGUUGCCGUUCUUGCUUCUUUGCAAGCAAACAGGUGGCUUUUUUACGUAAAUACCAAGAAUACCAAAAACCAAAAAGGGCCCUUGUCCUGCAUUGUGGAGUAGCACCGUUACAGAGCCAUUGCAGUUUGUAAGAUAAAGGUUAUUAAUCUUUGUUUGACUUUUAUGUCACAUUCAAAAGUCCAUUUUUUUAAGAAAAUGUAUAAGGUCUGGUCUUCGAGGACGUACGUUUUGCUGCUAAUGUAGUAUUUUGAAAGAAAAAAAGUAACUAGAUGCAUGGUCAUUUUGCUUUUGGCGAAGCUUUAACUAAAACAAUAAACCAAUUUCCUGCCUCUGUGACACCUUUUUCUUUCUCUUGUUGCAAAAACGGAACUUUGAAGACUGUGAAUAUAUGUUCCAAUGGACAUUUUGCAGAUUUUCGUUUUGAACAGACCAAUGUUUAAAGCCAAUGAUCUAUAACGUUUGUAAAGAACAGUGCAUUCCAAAUAUCACAAUGGAUUUUUUUUUCUUACGCAAGGACUGAUUUUAUUGUUUUAAAUUGUCAUGAUAUAUUUUUUUGCUAACUUCUAAAGUGACUGUAAGCUGUUGUGUAAAUUUAGCAUCAUGGGUUGCUAAACAAAGUGAACUAGAUAUGUCAUUUUGUGCUGGCAGAAUACAUCCAUCCAGUUUAAGGUUCUUGCUCACGUGCAAGUAAUAGUGGUUACCAAAAAAUGUAUAUAAUACAUCUGGUACUGAUGCGUCUUAUGAGUUGUGUCACCAUGCCUGUCAACUUGCAACUAGUCUCAGAAGGAAUUUCUUUUAGGGGCCUUUUGCAAGUGGUUGCCAAUUCCUUGGAAAUCCACUUGUCAUUUGCCCAGGAGCCUGAAGGGUGCCACUUUCGUGCAAAAUAAAGGCUUACAGGUUUGUAGGGAUAUCUUCUUUCCAAAGCAUUAUGUAUGGAAAUAGCAGGAGGUUUUUGGAAGGUUUCCCUUGAUUCAAAAAUAGUAUUUCACGCUUUCAUGUCCAAAGAAGUCGACCACCACACAAUGAUGGGUAUGGAUAUGCUUCAUACCGUCUCAAAGAACACCCACUUUACUUUACUUUUCUUUUUACCAAAACCAAUAUUUAAAUGUCUUUAAGAACCCUUUCUUUGGCCACAAAUGUAUAGCAGAGUGAAAUUGCCCUAUUAAAUCCUUUGCGCGAUCUCAGAGUUGUGUUUUAAGUGUUACGUUUUUAAGAGCAAUGUGAUUCGAUGCUGACACCUCAGCAUGCUUUUGAAAUUGUAUUCAUUUAGUGUGGAAGCUUGCCACUUCUCUUAAGUCCUGUUCUCUAAAAUAUUGUUCAUAUGUACUUUCUUAUUUUUGAGAAUUCUAAUGUACAGUUUCUUGCUUGAUUUUUGUGUUAGACAUGUAUAAUUUUUUAUUUUUUGGGAUCACAUUUUAGUUGAUUACUUAUCACUUAAAUUAACACUAACUUGAAUUGGAUUGACUGAAAUCAAAAAUGCAAACACAUUGUAUUCUAUGACCUGGCCACUUUAUCUGUCACAAUCUUUUGUAGUGUGUGCGUGUGUGAGUGUGUGCACGUCACGCAUGCGUCAGUGUGUGUGUUUUAAGAGCCAGCAUCUAUUAUUUUAGUAAGUACUUUAUACACCAAAACCAACUGAAACACAUACCUUGACUAUUAGAAUAAAUGGAAAUUUAGAAAAUCGAAAAUUUAAAAUAACGAUAAAUGAGUAGAAAGAUAAUACCGAAGCACUGAGCAGUUUUUACUUUAAUUGAGAAUACAAAUGUGGCCAAAGCUUUAUGCAGCUGAAACAAAAAGAACAAAAAGAGCCGUGCCCAAAAUGAUUAUGUGUAUAUUUUAUUGUGGCACAAUAGCUUUCAGUGGAUACUGAAAUCCACUGUCUCAAAAUUGGGAGACUUGAUUUAAUGGACAUUUACAGAGCAAGUAAGGACAAGGGUUUGCUGUAGAGGUCAUUUGUUUGCCCACUGUGAAAAUGAACGUAUACCUGUAUACAGAUAGAUAUAUUUAAAACAAGGCAUCAUCUUUUUUUUUGUUUUUUGUUUUUUGUUUUGAGAUGAAGACAAAUGAAAAUAAAAUGACUCUGGGAAAGCUUUGGAGAUCUUGUAAAGUGGACAUAAUGAGAGGCUGGGAGCACACCAAAACUGGGCACAGGAGCCAAAGGCAGGAUUACCACAGCUUUAAUGUCACCUCCUUAUUUGAAUAAUGAAAUCUCUGCAAUGGGAAAGGACUCUUGAACCAAUGAAUACGUGUGACACAGGGAGGACCGUCUUUCGAUUAAACUGAACCUGCAGUGGCCCCAGCUGCAACCCCCCCCCCCCCCCCCCCCCCCCCCCCCCUCCCCCAACCAACUACACACACACACACACACAACACCCACCCACCUUUGUCUCUUUGUUUCUCAAGCUCUGCCUCUGGUUCUGCUCUUUGAUGGACGUUUGCCUCACUGAGGAACGGGAUGGACAGAGAUGCUUGCAUACUUUCUCCCCGAUUCACAUCGUUGCUACUACCUGUUUGAUUUCCUUGUACUUGUCUCUGGUUGACAUGUAGAACUCUUCAAGUCAAAAGGAGGGCCCACCCUCCCCUCUGUGCGUCACUCCAUGGAAAUAGAGGAAUGAACAACAGAGAAAGGGGAGGCGAUCCUUACAACUGUCAUUCUCUUAAAGAGACGGUGAAACACAAAAAAAAAGCGUAUCAACCAAAAUGUACAACCAAACUAACAAACAACCAACCAAAACCAUUUGCUCCACCUUGAAAGAUGAACUGUUUCUUGGAGCUCUCUGUUCCUUUUGUGACUUUUGGUGCCACAAUGUUUUUUUAUGCAUUUGUUUUUCUUUUCUUUAUUUUGUUUCCUUGACUUAUUCCUCCUCUGAGCCUCACAAGCAUGGCUCUGUGGCUCCAGGCAGCCCACCCGAGGGUAGAAAAAACAGCCUUGCAAUGUACAAAAAAGAGCAAGUUAAACCAAAAAUGUUGUUCUUGAUGUCUUUUCUAUACUGUAGUCUUGUUAGCUUUUUUGUUACUGUAAUUAUAUGAAGAUUUCCAAACUGUACCAAACAACAUGGAAACUAACAUACAUAAACCACAUGGAACUUCAGACUUUUAAAGAAACUUUUGUCACAAAACCUUGUUGUCCUAGUUAAGUUGAUUGUAGAUGGUAAUUGAAUAUACUCCUUUGAAAAUAUUUCAUCAAGUAUGUUUCUUGCUCAUUGUGAUACAUUAAAAAAAGUAUGAGCAUAAA